AUGCCCUGCGAAAAGUGCAAUGUGAAGUUCGGUAUCAUAACUCGCAAAAAGUCCUGCUAUGAAUGUCAUCGUCUGUUCUGCCGGAACUGCCUGUCCAAGCGACAGGAACGGUUCCUAUGUCCCAAUUGCACAAUCUUCACCAGACGUCCUCUGUCGCGCAUCGAUCUGUCCCAGCUGAAAGUGAAAGACCUCAUCUUUUACCUGCAGUCUAAACACAUUUCUACUUCCGGUUGCGUUGAAAAAGACGAUUUGAUAAAUCUGGUCAUUGCCCACGUAAACUCCGGUGGCAGCUCACCUCGCACGCCGGGAAGUUUUAGUGCCGCUUCGUCUAACGCGGAGUCGGCUUCCGGAGGCUCGUCACGCUAUGGAAGUUUUUACCGGAACGGAACCAAAAACUACACGAAUACGUUCGAUCAAAUCAAGAGCACCUGCCAGAACUUGUUUUCCAACAUUUCGGAUAAGUUUAAUGCAGAUGGUUCCGAAGACGUCCGUCCGACCGCUCCACCGGAGGCAGACAUGCACCAUCACAUCUUUACCCAGCCCCGAUUUGGCAGCAAUAAUGUGUACCAUUCGGUCAACCCCAACGGAACCAACAUCUUCCAUGAGAAUACUGCCGAUGGCGACGGAAGCCAAAGGGUGCCAUCAGGGCAGAACUCGCAGCCAGCGCACGAUAGCAGCGCCAGCAGUGGAACGACGAGUGGGGCUGACUCGAGUGCGGCUUCGUCUUCCUUUUCUUCCCCCAGCAGGGAAGCGCCCUCGCCACACGAGGCGUCACAAGGUCCGACGGGCGCACAACUCCAAGCUCAAGCGUCGUUAGACGAUCGUAUCGAAAACAUUCUAGCAUUAGAAGCAAGUGGAACAGGCUGUGAGUGUUGUUCCGACGAUGAGGAUGAAGACAGAAACAUGCGGUCGCCGGAAGCGAAUGGUCCGCCCCCUGAGGAAACGAGUGACGACGACGUGCCACAACGUUCGAAGCUAUCUCGCCGAAGCCUUUCUCAUUCGAAUUUAUUUCCGCCCGAGCAGGCCGGCCCUAGCGUGGACGUGUCGGCGGCAACACCGAGGGUGGCCUCACGAAGCCAAACUCCAUCGUCAUCGUUUGACGAUCUGUUGGCCGAUGCGGAAGGAACUAGCAGCAGCAACGCCGACCAAGCGAUCGCUCCUUUAGGCACGAUGACCGAAACCGAUGCCGUUAACACGACGAUCGCAUCACUCAACGACACAGAACAGUGGCAGGUGAUCAAUACUUCAGACGCGAACGAUAGUGGCACACUCGAGGCGGCCAUUGGAGUUAGCGAUCUGCCGAUAACAGACACGACGAACGAAACGAUGACACUCACGAUUAACGAGGCUGGACCGAGUAGCGACAGCAUAAGCAAUUCCGUGGAAAUAAAACCAAAACCGCCUCUCGUGCUUCCGGUGCCCUGCAUUGGUGACCGGAUUGAAGCUGGAGCGACUGUCAUAGGCCGCCGACGAUCGGAUAGUUAUCUGUUGGCGGAUUAUACCAACACGUUGCGACCGGUUGGUCCUACGGGCCUGCUAGCAGAUCGAAUGGCACAGAUUGGUGGCCCGAGCGGGGACACGAAUGCUUCCUCAAGCCACGCUGGCAGCCAUGGGAUGUGCUUCCGAUGCGGAAAGCGACGCAGCGGAAUCCGGCGACAGUUGAAGAAGUUCCGCAAGCAGCUGGAAACUGCCAGUGGAUCAGAAGCAGACAAACAACGCCAGCUGGAGACGUUCCUGAGUUAUCUCGAGCGGCGCAGUAAAGGAUCGUUCGAACUAACCGACUCCGAAUCGAUCACUGAGGAGGCGAGCGUAAGCUGGACGGAUGAAGCUAGCGGAGGUCUGGCGUCCGCUUUGGACUCUCACAAUGGUCCCACGGGCGAUGUGGGUGGGUUGCGCAACCAGUCUUAUCCGCAACCGUCGGACGAGACGACCAUCUGCACGAACAUUUAUUCCUCCGGCAACCAGGAGUUGAUCAACAUGAAGCAGAUCAAAUUGAGCGACAUUAGAGAAAGUGCGGAUUUGGACGUGCUGUCGGUGAAACAGCUGAAAGCUAUUCUGAUGGUGAAUCGAGUCGAUUUCAAGGGCUGUUGCGAGAAGGCUGAACUACGUGAACGCGUACUACGGCUGUGGCGCGAUUUCAAAUCCAUCCCGUCUAUCGAAAAGCUGCCGUCUGACGAUUUGUGCAAGAUCUGCAUGGAUGCCCCCAUCGAAUGCGUGAUACUGGAGUGUGGACACAUGACCACCUGUACCGCGUGCGGUAAAGUACUAAGCGAGUGUCCCAUUUGCCGCCAGUACAUAGUACGGGUGGUGCGAUUCUUCCGAGCCUAA